CGGCGUACCAAACGACCACACUACAUUAUAUAAAAAAUGAGGCCUUUUAAUAUAGGGGUCUUGGGCCGCCGGCCCUGCUCAUAGCAAUACUCUUAUACUACAUGUACGUUAAGAAAUUUCAUUAUUAGCAUUAUGUGUAUAUGGCUAUUUGUUUUAAAUUAUGGUUGAAUGUUUAACAACCGUUGUACAUAUAAAUAUAAGCUUUCACUGUCUACUACCUACUUAGUACCAACCACUUGCAUUUUUCCAGUGUUAAUAUUUCCUUUUCUUUUAGAAUUCACACAACAAAGAUCUGUUUCUUUGUUGACUUUAAUUAAUAGCAUCAUUAACAACAUUCAUACAAACAUAAAUCCACAACACACACACCCUGCAUUAACAAGAUUGAAGUUAUUCCCUUUCUCUGGUAUGAUGUUUUUAGGCAUUAUGAUCACUUGAAUGAAGCAGAGAAAAUAAAUGGUUCAUAUCAUCAUAAACUAGAAAGAUUAAUCAUAUAAUUAUGGAGUUUCUUUCUUUUCUGGUUACCUUAGUUGUUUUGAGAGUUUUUUCUCAAUUUACAACAACUUUAGCUGUGGUUGAUACCCUUAGACCACCCGAAAUCAUGAGAGAUAGUAACAACACAGCUUUAUUGGUAUCCAAAGAAGGAAUGUUUGGAUUGGGAUUCUUUACUCCAACAGCUAAUUCAUCAAAGAAUCGUUAUUUGGGAAUUUGGUACAACAACAUUACAGGUAACCAAACUGUUGUUUGGGUUGCAAACCGAUGUGAACCGAUCAAGGAUUCAUCUGGCUCGUUGAGUAUAAACGACAAAGGAGAUCUUGUGCUUUUUUCUGGACAGAGUAAUAACAGAGUGCUUGUUUGGUCUUCAAACUCGUCGAAACAAGCCAAGGAACCACUAGUUCAGCUCUUGGAUAAUGGUAACUUGGUUUUGAGAGAUGAGAAAGAUGCAAACACAACAAAAUAUUUAUGGGAAAGCUUUGAUUAUCCAACUGAUACAAUGUUACCUGGAAUAAAAUUGGGAUGGGACUUGAGGAGAGGUCUAAAUAGGCGAUUAUCGUCGUGGAAGAGCUCUGAUGAUCCUUGUCAUGGAAAUUACACUUAUGGGAUUGAGCUUGGUGAACCAAACAAUACAUUUCCUCAACUAAUUAUUCGUAAUGGUUCUUCGAUUUUGUAUCGCGAAGGGCCAUGGAGAGGUGUAAGUUUCAGUGGACCAGCUAAUUUUGUAAAAGUUGCUUGGCAAAUGUCUGAUUACAUAUUUGUGGAAAAUGAUGAUGAAAUUUACUUCACUUACAAUACUCAAAUUAAGUCAUUGAUCUCAAGAAUUUUUCUUAGCCAAGCAAUUGAUUACAUGAAAUGGACAGAAGCACAAGAAAUUUGGGAAUCUUAUUACAAAAUUCCACUUGACCAAUGUGACAAUUAUGGAACAUGUAAAGCUAAUGCUAAAUGUAUCAUGGUUGAUAACAAACCAGUAUGUCAAUGUUUAGAAGGUUAUGAACCGAAAAAACGAAAGAAUUUGUUUGAAGGAUGUGUGAGGAACAGUGUUGUGAAUUGUCAAGAUCCAGAGAAAGAUGUGUUCCAUUUAACUUCCGAGUUGAAAGUACCCGAAACUAAAUAUGCUUGGGCUAAUAAAAGUAUGAACCUUGGUGAAUGCAAUGCUAAAUGCUUAAGUAACUGCUCUUGUACUGCUUAUGGUUACAAUUCCAAUUUGGAUGGGAAUAAUUCUGAUUUAGGUAUUGGCACUGAGUGUGUCCUCUUGUUUGGAGAUUUGUUCGAUACUCGAAAUAACAAAGAUAUUUAUGGAAGAGAACAAAAUGUGUAUCUUCGAAUACCAUUUUCGACAUCAGAUCUUAAAGGAACAAAUAAUGUGUCCAAGGUGAAGAUAGCAGUGAUAAUUGUAGCUGUCAUUGUCUUCAUUGGAUUAGUUUUGAUUGGCUAUUACAUUUGCAGAAGGAGAUACAUUAACGCCCCAAAUAUUUUCUAUGAGAGAAAUGAAAGCCAAAAUGAUGAAAUGGAGCUUCCAUUAUUCUACAUAAAUACAAUUAGGACUGCCACUAAUAAUUUUUCAGAUGAUAAUAAGUUGGGCCAGGGUGGUUUUGGACCUGUAUACAAAGGUACCUUGGAAGGAGGUACAGAAAUUGCUGUGAAGAGUCUAUCAAUGAAUUCUGGACAAGGAGUCAAUGAGUUCAAAAAUGAAAUUGAACUAAUUGCUAAGCUUCAACAUCGAAAUCUUGUAAAGAUAUUUGGUUAUUGUACUCAUAGAGAAAUGAAGCUAUUAAUUUAUGAGUACAUGUCGAACAAAAGCCUUGACUAUUUCAUUUUUGAUGAAAGUCGAAGCAUACUAUUAGAAUGGCCUAAGCGCUUCCAGAUUAUAUGCGGAAUUGCUAAGGGCAUUCUCUAUCUUCAUCAUGAUUCAAGAUUGAGAAUUGUACAUCGAGAUCUCAAAGCUAGUAAUGUGUUACUUGAUGAUGACAUGAAUCCCAAAAUUUCGGACUUUGGCUUGGCUAGAACUUUUGGUGGUGACCAAAUAGAAGGAAACACACACAGAGUAGUAGGAACCUAUGGUUAUAUGGCUCCAGAAUAUGCCUCUGAUGGCAUAUUCUCAAUAAAGUCCGAUGUAUUCAGUUUUGGCAUAUUGAUCCUAGAAAUUGUAAGUGGGAGAAAAAGUAGAUCCCUUUAUGAAGAAAAUAGUCCUCUCAAUCUCGUUGGAUAUGCAUGGACUUUGAUGAAGGAAGGCAGUGAAAUUAAGCUUAUUGAGAAGUGUUUACUAAAAGAUCCAAAUGACAACAUGGAAGAAGCUUUGCGUUGCAUACACAUUGGUCUCUUGUGUGUGCAACAAAUGCCUACUGAUAGACCUGAUAUGUCUUCUGUUGUUUUGAUGUUGAGUGGUGAGAAAGCGUUGCCUCAUCCCAAACCACCAGCCUAUUUCAAUAGCACAUACUCUUCGGAUGCAGAUUAUUCCUCCUCUAAUCGGCCCCAAUCAUGUAAUGUAAGCAUGACAGCUAUCGAGGGGCGAUAGAGAAUUCAUACAACAAAUCAUAAAUAUUCAUGUAAAUUUUGAAAGCUUUAGCAUCAUUUUAUUUGUUGUGUAUUUGGUUUAAACCUAGAUGAGUAUGGUUCCUUAUUGGAUCCCUAGAAUAUGCUAAUUAUGACAAUAAGGGUCCAUUUGGUAUACGUUGUAUAGUAUUGUGUUGAGUUGUAUUGUAUUUUAUACUAUCUAUUCACUCACCAUUCUACUCA